AUGCCGUGGCUGCAGGAGGCAGCGCUGGCGGGCCUGCCCCGCUCCGGGACGGCGGCGCAGCCCCUGCUGCGCUGGCGCGCACGCGGUCGACCUCCCCGUGCCCCACGACCUGGAACUCCAGCGCUGGCGGCGGCGGGGAACCAGAGCAUCCCCGAGUUGGCCGCGCCAGAGCUGGGCCGCUGUCUCUGGCCGUCGGCGACUGUCUUUCCCCGCGCUGUUGCUGCGAGGCCCGGGUCGGAGCCCACGGACAUCGAGGGAGAAGGAGGCGCGCUCGGGGGCUUGGCCCCGGCGCUGGCUGCGCCUUGCCAGGCAGAGGUUGGCACUUUCUGCAGCAGCGAGAACCUGUACCGCCUGGACGCGCGCGCCCCGCCCCACCCCUACGGCGCCGCACAACCACCACUGUGGGCUGCUGUUGGCCGUUCAGGAUCGUCUACGCACAAAGGUGACCCUCCGCCAGAGUGA